UCAAAAAUCCGCGGUCACACUUGCUGCUCAGUGUUUUCAUUUUUCGAAAAAAAAUCUUCAAUUUAACAAAGUCUCCCAAUUAAACUUAAGCACAAAGUUAUACUACCCGCAAUGGCUCAACCUCAACCACCAGCCUACGAAAACAAAAAUAUCUAUGCAACGCUGCCGCGCACCCAACGCGGCCAGCCCAUUGUCUUGGGGGCCGAUCCCAAGGGCAAGAACUUCCUCUACGCCAAUGGCAACUCGGUGAUCAUCAGGAAUAUCGAGAACCCAGCCAUCGCCGAUGUCUACACGGAACACUCGUGUGCAGUCAACGUGGCCAAGUACUCGCCCAGCGGCUUCUACAUUGCAUCUGGCGACGCGUCGGGAAAGAUACGCAUUUGGGACACGGUCAACAAGGAGCAUUUGCUGAAGAAUGAGUUCCAGCCGAUAGCAGGACCCAUCAAGGACAUCAGCUGGUCGCCAGACAACCAACGCAUUGUGGCCGUCGGUGAGGGACGUGAACGUUUCGGCCAUGUCUUUAUGUCGGAGACGGGCACAUCGGUGGGUGAGAUCAGUGGCCAGUCCAAGUCCAUCAAUUCGGCAGACUUUAGGCCGGCGAGGCCGUUCCGCAUCGUAACUGGCAGCGAAGACAACACGGUGGCCGUGUUCGAGGGACCUCCGUUCAAGUUCAAGAUGACAAAGCAGGACCACUCUCGGUUUGUCCAGGCGGUUCGCUACUCGCCCGAUGGCAAAUUCUUUGCCUCGGCCGGCUUCGACGGCAAAGUCUUUAUCUACGACGGCACCAGCUCCGAGCUGGUAGGCGAAUUUGGAUCGCCCGCUCACAAGGGCGGAGUAUACGCCUUGGCCUGGAAGCCGGACGGCACGCAACUGCUCACCUGCUCCGGUGACAAGACGUGUCGCCUCUGGCAGGUGGAGUCCCGCGAACUGAUCAGCGAGUUUGUGAUGGGCGCGACUGUGGAUGAUCAGCAGGUGAGCUGCCUGUGGCAGGGGGACAACCUGAUAACUGUGUCGUUGUCGGGCGUAAUCACCUACCUCAACGCGGAGGAUCCCAGCAAGCCUCUUCGAGUGGUCAAGGGCCACAACAAACCCAUCACUGUGCUGGGCCUGAGCGACGACCGCAGCACCAUCUACACGGGCAGCCACGACGGUGUCGUGACCAACUGGAACUCUGGCAGUGGUGUCAACGACCGCAUCACGGGUACCGGACACGGCAACCAGAUCAACGGCAUCGCUGCUUGGGGAGACUUUGUCUACACCUGCGGCAUCGACGACAGCCUGCGCCAGUUCAGUGUGGAGGGCAACUCAUACACGGACUACGUGGUGAAACUCAACUGCCAGCCGCGCGGACUGGCCAUCUUGCGAAACGAGAACAUCGUUGCCCUGGCUUGCGUCAAGGAGCUGACUCUGGUGCAGGACCAGAAGAAGAUCUUCUCGCUGCCCAUCAAGUACGAGGCCAGCUCCAUUGCCGUCAACUCUGAAACCUCCGAUGUGGCUGUCGGCGGCGAUGAUCAGAAGCUGCGCAUCUACAGCCUGAAGGACGGUGCCCUCGAGCUGAAGGCUGAGUUGGACCACCUGGGCGCAGUCACGGAUGUAUCCUACUCCCCAGAUCUGAAGUAUUUGGUGGCCUGCGAUGCCCAUCGCAAGGUGGUGCUCUACUCGGUCGAGGAAUACAAGCCUGCUCACAACAAGGAAUGGGGCUUCCACAGUGCUCGUGUCAAUACGGUGGCCUGGUCGCCCAACUCGCUGCUGGUGGCCAGUGGCUCCUUGGACACCACCAUCAUCAUUUGGUCUGUGACCAACCCAGCCAAGCACACCAUCAUCAAGAAUGCCCAUCCGCAGUCGCAGAUCACUCGCUUGGUCUGGCUGGACAACAACACUGUGAUCUCAACUGGCCAAGACUGCAACGUCAAAGUGUGGCACGUGGAAACUAUUUAGAUCACCCUCUGAGCGCUAAGCGGGAGAGCCAAGCCAAGCCAAGCAUAUUUUUAUACUUAUCCAUGGGGCAGUGCCACUAGUGCCCCCUUGGCUUCAUUUCAUUUCAGUGCAACAGUUUACGUUUAGCUAUUUAUGUCCCUGCAACUACCCACCCUCAUUUGUCGUGUCGUCUUUAAAUUUAAGCCCAAAGUGUUUGCUAAUCAUCAUAUCAUUGAUUCAGAUCUGUUUUGCCUCAACCGUUCAGCGUCUUUCGAUUUUGUUUUCUCUUUUGAACAACUUCCUUUUGUACUACAAUUAAAAGAAACACAAGGAUUAA